CUUUGUAUUAUAAUGGAAAAUACAAAGAAUAAAAAAAGUAUAUUAAGAAAACCUACAACUAACAAUAAUAAUAAUAAUAAUAAUUCAUCAUCAUGGUUAUCUCGUAUCCAAUCCAAGUUAUCUCAACAAGACGAUACUCAUUUUCAAUUACAAAGACAAGAUUUGAAACGAGUAAGUUUUUCUAUGGGUCACUUAACAACAGAACAUACAUUUGACGAAGAAGAAAACGAUAAUAAACAAUUAUCAUCUGAUUUGGAAACUCCAUUCUUACCUCACUGUUAUGAAAGGGCUUGUCGUUUACGAGAAGAAAAAGAAUGGCCUUUUUUUAUGGAAAUAUUACAAACACAUAGUUUUACGCCUUUGACUACUAUUGAUUUGAGUAAUCAUACUAUUAAUCGUUCUUUGGUUGGACCACUUGCUGAUAUACUGUUAUUGGAUUUUGGACUACGAAUUCUUCGAUUAUCAAAUUGUGGCCUAGAAGAUGAUAGUAUUGGUGUUUUAUUGAAUAGUAUUCUAAUGAGUGAUCGUUUGACAGAAUUGGACUUAUCCCAAAACUCUUUCAAGGCAAAAGGUUUCAAAUUUAUAUCUAUCUAUAUUAUGGAGUCAAGACAAAUCCGGUCAUUAGAUAUUUCAAAAUCCUCACCUGACCGACGUGCUACUCAUUAUUUGUCUCGAGCUCUUUUAUAUUCCACAUCUUUACAGUAUCUCCAUUUGGAUCAAUGCGCUCUGAAAUCAACUCAUUUAGAAAUAUUGGCACCUGGUGUAUGUCGAUCUCCUUCAUUGACCUCUCUAUCAUUACGCUAUAAUCGACUUUCAUCUAAUUCUUCCCAAUGGUUAGCUACUCUUAUAUUGAAUGAACAUCAAACUAUGGACAUGUAUUUGGAUAAUGAUGAUGAAACAGUAGAAGGAAAAAAUUACUCAGCAAUAAGAACAACAGCAUCAACUGGGGGAUUACAACGAUUGGAUCUUACUGGAAAUGCAUUACAAGAUAUUGCUAUUGGACCAUUAUGUCAAGCCUUAUAUAGUAAUCGAACUUUACUUUAUCUAUCUCUUGCCAAUUGUCAGAUAUAUUCUAGUGGAUGUGAAAUGAUAGCAGAUGCUUUGUACACAAAUCAGCAGCUGACAAGUUUGGAUCUUUCUGGAAAUCUAAUUAUGCAUGGUUCGGAUGAAGGGAUCCAUGCUUUGAAAACUGCACUUUUACGGAAUGAUACAUUACAGGAACUUUUAUUGAUCAACACAGAUUUGGAUGCGACUGCAGCUAUCACUCUUGCUGAAGUUUUACCAAUGAAUGCCACCUUGACGAGAUUAGAUCUUUCUGAAAACCCUUCUAUUUCUUUAGCUGGUGUAUUAGCUUUGGCCAUCUCUAUUAAAAUGAACAAUACGCUCACGUUUUUGGAUAUUAGUGUGCCUAACAACGACCGGGAAUUGUCUGACUUACAAAAUGACAUUGCUGCAGUAUGUACGACUAAUAUGAUUCAACGAAUAGAACUACAACGGCAACAACAACAGCAAGAAGAAGAUGCAACUCAGUGUCUUGAAAUCAAUACAUCGACAUUAUCAAUGAAAACAUCACUAUCACCAUCAUCAUCAUCAUCAACAUCAUCUACUACUACUACUACUAGAUCCACCACAUUUCAUACUUCAACAGAUGAAACAGAACAAUUUAUUGAAAUUUCUCCUAAUCAACGACCUUCCUCCAUCAAGAUUCCCGGCGAAAGCCAUGAGACCCCUUUGAAUGGAGCUUUGACUAUUACUGAUGAAAACAUAAGUAGUGCAACUUCGGAACAGGCUUUUCCAUUGGAUGAAAUCUCAUUACUGGAUGAUAUGUAAUUUUAGUUUUUUUUUUUUUGAGCCCCAUCUUAUAUUAUUAUAUCCUGCUCUUUAUACACCUAUCUAUCUUUUUGUUACCUUUUUUUUUUUGAAUCAUAUACACAAAUGUAAUAAAAAAAACACUUAUUUUUUACAUUUCAUUGAAAAAUUCGGAUAUAAUAUUGU